GCCCCCACCCUCAGCUCGAGCUCCUUCCUGUUUUUUUGAAAAAAAAAGUUCCUUCAAGCUCCGGACAAACUGCCGGAGCGCUUCCCCCUCACUCUCGAGAAUUAAAUAAAAGCAAUAAGCAUUCCCUAAUCAAUUAUUAAUAAAGGAUAAAACAUCAUAAAGGCGAUUAAAAGUGAAAACCGACGGGUGAUUUGACAUGCACGACCAUCCCCUCCGGCCGCGACUGGGACAGGCCGGCGCCUCCUGGAACCUUCCAGAGCCCGAUGACCGUUACUCUUAAAGGCGCAGACCACCCCGUCCGGCUCCUUUAACUAGAUUUAAAUCUUAGCCAAAACAGGCAUACAUACUAUAUAUAUUUUUUAAAAUAAACACUCCAUCACCAAAGUAAUAUUUCUUUCUCGCAUUGCCCUUUUGCACACCGCUUGGAAACUGGACCCUUUCAGCAGUGGCCUCGGAGCGGACAAUGCCUGGGCAGCAGCCGCAGAGAGACAAAGAAAAGGACGAGGAGAAGGCUGAUGAGGAGAUGGAGCAGGAUUCCCCAGAGAAUGAGGAAAGCUCGGAUGAAGACAGCGCCAGUUCCUCCGCGUCUGAGGAGGAGGGCGAGGACAGCUCAGAGAUGGACGAUGAGGACUGUGAGCGGCGCCGCACCGAGUGCUUAGACGAGAUGUCAGACCUGGAGAAGCAGUUCACGGAUCUGAAAGAACAACUGUACAAAGAGAGACUGAGCCAGGUGGAAGCCAAGCUGGACGAGGUGAUCGCAGGGAAAGCAACUGAGUACUUGGAGCCCCUGGCUGUCCUGCAGAAGAACAUGAAAAUCAGAACUGAGGUAGCAGGUGUAUAUAAAGAUCUGUGUUUGGAGGUGAUCAGAAAUAGGUACGAAUGUGAACUGCAAGGAGCUCGGCAACAUGGGGAGAGUGAGAAGCUGCUGUUGUUUGAUAAUAUGCAGAAUGAGCUACUGGAAAGAAUUCAGCGACUGGAAGAGGACAAGCAGAGUAUAGACAUCACCUCCGAAUGGUGGAACGAGGAGGCUCGCGGGAAGCGGAGCAAGAAGAAGACCGACACGCUGAAACCAGAAAAGAAGAAGAAGGUGGCGACAGUGUCUGGUCCAUAUAUAGUCUACAUGUUACGAGAUAUUGAUAUUUUGGAGGACUGGGCUGCCAUCAAAAAGGCGAAAGCAGUCAUCAGUCAGCAGAAAAGAAAAUCAGAUGGUACUGGUUCUGACGCAGCCCACGGUAAGAAGGCAAAGGUUUCGGCACAGCUCUUAAGUGACUCGGUGCUGCCCAAGCAGGAGAAGCAUUUGUACAUGGCCAAGUGUGAAGAUGGCAGACUGUUCUACGAGGGAGACUGGUACACCAAAGGGCAGAGCAUUGUAUUGGAAAUGAAGGAUGAAACGCCCUCGCACGCACUGAUCACGGCUGUCAGCACGGGAGAGGUCUGGCUCCGUCGUUCCGAUGGCAGCAAGACCAAGCUGUACGUCAGCCAGCUUCAAAAAGGGAAAUACUCCAUCCAUAAAGCGUGAACUUCGACACUAACCCUUCGGAGCCCUAAGGGGAGUCUCAAUUAAUUGCAAAAAAAAUAUAUAUAUAUCAAUUGCUGUAUAUGAAAAGCACUUCUUGAUAAGCAACAUCCUACCCAGGGCUUUAUGUGGAAGAUUGUUGGGAAGUCGCUAUAACGUGCACAGAAGUUGUCAAACCAACGUGGAGAUGAUACUCUUUGACAUCUAGAGUAAAACCUUUGGGCAAACAGCCGGCUUUGGGGAGGCCGGACUAAUAGAACUCCCCCCCCCCCCCCCAGUGCCUCCUCUCCAGAUUUCCAGCAAGAUUCGUGGCGAAGCCAAGAGAAUUCUCUAGCACUUUUCCCUUUUGGUGACCACCCUGCACUAAGACUCAAAUCUGUGUGCGAUGUUCGCCUCAGAAUAAAAGACCCAGUCGGAGCCUGUAUCCAGCCGGUGCUUUAUGGAUUCCAGUUGCACAGUACAGCUCGUCUGUGGGUGGAUACAGCCUUCCAUUAAUUGUACAGCACUUUUUAAAAAAAAAAAUGGACUGAUCCUAUACUGGAGCACUAAAACCAUAGAGAUCGCGUAGAUAAAAAGUUUAUUGCAAAUCUAUCAAAACUUUAAAAAAAAAAGACAUCUAUUAAAAUAAAUAUUUGACAUU